UUGUCAGUGGCUAAAAACAAACUGCAGUCUCCAACCAGUUACUGGCGGUAAUGAACUGGGUUCUUCCGUCGUCGUAAAGAGAAGAAGAAAAUCCGGAACUAGGCUGCUCUCGACAAAACGUCAGAUGACAGGCGAAUCUAAACAAUAACAAAUACACACACCACCAAAUUAGUUAUACAAACCAUAUGCCAGGGUUAUAAUUUACGGGGUGAAGCAUGGCAUUUAUAACGGCAAACUGGAAUCCGCUCGGGGAAGCGUUUUACAGGAAGAUCGAGCUGUAUGAGAUGGGAUGGAGCUUGAGAGAUGGGCUCAAGGAAUGCCUGGUGGCAGCAGCCCCAUACGGGGGACCGAUCGCUCUUCUAAGGCAGCCACAGAGGCCUUCCUCCAGCGCACGGCCCCAGCUGGAGAUCUACUCUUCCUCAGGCGUGAACAUGGCCAGCUUCCCGUGGAAGAGUGGCCCAGUGAGACAGCUGGGUUGGACGGUGUGUGAUGACCUGCUGUGUAUCCAGGAGGAUGGCACUGUCCUCAUCUACGACCUGUUUGGUGCCUUCAAAAGACACUUCAGCAUGGGCAACGAUGUGGUUCAAAACCAGGUGCUGGAAGCCAAGGUGUUCCACUCGCCCUACGGAACCGGUGUCGCCAUAGUGACGGGAGCCUCACGCUUCACCCUGGCCACGAACAUUGACGACCUGAAGCUGAGGAGACUCCCGGAAGUCCCAGGCCUCCAGGGGGCACCCUCCUGCUGGGCAGUGCUGACUCAGGACAGACAGACCAAAGUGCUGCUGGCCAACGGAGCUGACCUCUACAUACUGGACAACACAUCCUGCACCCCUGUGACACCUCCAGGCCUCUCUCCCCAGGCCUGUAGCAUCGUGAACAUGGCUGUGUCAUUCAGCUAUAAGUACCUGGCUCUGUUCACAGACUCUGGACACCUGUGGAUGGGCUCAGCCAACCUCAAGGACAAGCUGAGUGAGGUGGACACCAAGGUGAGGACCCCUCCUAAGCAGAUGGUCUGGUGCAGAAGGCCAAAGAGCCAGCAGCCCUCUGUGGUCAUCAUGUGGGACAGGCUCCUACUGGUGGCCGGAGAGUGUACAGACACCAUCCAAUACACUCUGGAUGAGGAGAGUGUGUGUGUAGCAGAGCUGGAUGGAGUGAGGAUCGUAGGAGGGUCCAGGCAUGAGCUGCUGCAGGAGGUGCCCUCGGCCUGCCAGGACAUCUUUAAAAUCGCCUCCAUGGCUCCUGGAGCUUUACUACUGGAGGCACACAAGGAGUACGAGAAGUCCAGUCAGAAGGCAGAUGAGUACCUGAGAGAGAUAAAGGAACAGAGUGUAUUGGGGGAAGCGGUGAGACAGUGUGUGGAGGCUGCCGGUUAUGAACAUGAACCAGAGACCCAGAAAACACUGCUCAGGGCUGCGUCGUUUGGGAAGUGUUUUCUCAGUAACUACCCACCAGAGCCAUUUGUCAGUAUGUGUCGAGACCUGAAAGUUCUCAACUCUGUCCGAGACUACACCGUGGGGAUCCCCCUCACACACACACAGUACAAACAGAUGACUGUUCAGGUCCUCAUUGACAGGUUGGUGUACCGUAAGCUGUAUCCCCUGGCCAUUGAGAUCUGUCGCUAUCUGAAAACGCCAGAGUACCAGGGAGUCAGCAGAGUUCUUAAGCACUGGGCCUGCUGCAAGGUCCAGCAGAAAGAAGAGCCUGAUGAGUCCAUAGCACAUGCUGUCAGUGUGAAGCUGGGUGAGGCAGCAGGAAUCUCCUACUCUGAGAUCGCUGCCAGAGCAUAUGAGUGUGGCAGGACGGAACUGGCCAUCAAGUUGUUGGAGUUUGAGCCUCGUUCUGGGGAGCAGGUCCCCCUGCUACUGAAGAUGAAGAGGAGUCAACUGGCCCUGAGUAAAGCUAUAGAGAGUGGAGACACAGACCUGGUUUACACGGUGGUGACAUACCUGAAGAACGAGAUGAACAGAGGAGACUUCUUCAUGACGCUCAGAAACCAACCGGUAGCCCUGAGCCUCUACCGACAGUUCUGUAAGCACCAGGAACAGGACACACUGAAGGAUCUGUUCAACCAAGACGAUGACCAUCAGGAGCUGGGUAACUUCUACGUCAAGGCCAGUUACAAGGAGAAGAAGCUGGAGGCUCGCCUGUCUCUGCUGCAGAGUGCUGUGGACGAGUACAACAAGGCCAGGAACGAGUUUGCAGCCAAGGCGACAGAGGAGGAGAUGAAGCUGCUACGGUUCCAGAGGCGUCUGGAUGAGGAGAAGGGAGAGGCUCUGCUGGGCCUGUCUCUCCAGGAGACUCUGCAUGCCCUCCUCACCUCCAACUUCCACAAGCAGGCUGAACAGCUCUACAGGGACUUCAGGGUGCCAGACAAAAGGUACUGGUGGCUGAAGCUGACCGCUCUGGCAGAGAAGGAUGACUGGGAGGAGAUGGAGAAAUUUGCCAAGAGCAAGAAGUCCCCCAUUGGCUAUCUACCCUUUGUGGAGGUGUGUGUGAAACAACACAAUAAGUACGAGGCCAAAAAGUAUGUUUCCAAGGUGACGCCAGAGCAAAAGGUCAAAGCCCACCUGGCCAUAGGUGAUCUGGAGGGGGCAGCCGAGGCAGCUAUAGAGAGGAGGAGUGAAGGAGAGAUCAGCACUGUCCUGUCCCGCUGUUCUCCCACCACAGACCGAGCCCUGCUGGAGAGACUCAACCGAGCCAGAUCCACUGCUGCCAAAAAGUGACCUUCCUGAAAUCCUAUUCAAACCACAAAAUAUCUCACUGUCGAAAAAGUGAGCCCUAUCAAAAACGCACUAAGAACUGUUGCUGUUGAAAAGUGACCCGUCAACCACCAGUCACCCCAGCUCCAGCCUAUGUCCUGCUUCAACCACGUUUGGAGGGGAAGGAGUGAUUUGGGAAAGAAAGACAUUCCAAGCUAACACACACACACACACACACACACACACACACACACACACACACACACACACACACACACACACACACACACACACACACACACACACACACACACACACACACAGCUUAGACAAGCUGAUAUCAACAGCACUCCCAUACUAACCAGUCAUGAAAGAAAUGUGCCUCUCGAACUGUCUGUUUUAGCCAAGAGAUGCAGUGAGAUCAUCUCAAUUCACAAUGAAUUGCAGUCAUAUUGUAUAUCCUGUGUUUUCAAAUCUGUUCAAAUGAAGGAAGUGAGAGAAGUACAUCACUUUUGACUAUUGAGAAGCACAGAAUGCUCCCAUUUAGUGUCUGCUGUAAGCUGCUUGUGUUACUGACUCUCCUCUCCAAAUCAUGUGACUGUUGAAUUAAUGAAACCAUGUUGGUGUUGUUCACACACUGCAGACAGUUGUCUUAUGUUGUAUCACUGAAUAAAUGCAUUCCUUUGUAAAGGAGCUACAAAACGA